CAACAUGAUCUUGAGGACUUGAGAUAAAACGUUGUAUAUAACGUGAACGCUUUGUUUAAACAUAUGACGACGACUUGGAGAAAACGUCUGUGUAUUUUUGUCCACGUGUUUGUCUGACGCCUCCGCACGUGUUUAACCAGGAAGUGCAUUCACAUUAGCAUUAGUCCUGCAGUGACCACAAUGUCAACAGCACCGGAGGUACCGACAGCAGCAGGAGCAGCAGACGCCCCCCUGUCUAAAACCAGCCAGAUGUUGAAGAGCUGCUGGAGCUGUCGGAUCAUCUCCGGUGGAGGGCUGAUGCUGUCUGGAGGUUAUGUUUACCUCGCAGCCCGCAGAGUGAUGCGACAAGGUGGACCCAUCUCGAUGGGGACGGUGGCGCAGAUCACAUUCGCUGCUAGUUUGGCUGCAUGGGGAAUGGUCAUCAUCGGUGAUCCAGUAGGAAAAGCGCAGAAGAAGACGUGAAGGCUGCUCAGGAACUCAUGACGACAACACGAAUGAAUAAACGUUUAAAAUGACUC